CAACAGCAGCACUACUAGCCACUCACCAAGCACCAAGCACCACCACCAAACACCAACACCCAAACUAAAACAUGAACAACCAACAACAACAACAGCAGCAGACCAGUCUCAGUGGUGGCCAGAAAUACUCGAUGAUGGUCAACCAGCCCAGCCAACAGCUUCACCCAAUCCAACACUACCUCAUCAACAGACUAUCAACAACCGAACAACUCUCCCCAAACCACUUCAUCAAAGCACUACCCAGCCCAUCACCACUAGUCACACCAGAGAUGGGCGAGAGGCUAUGCAGGAUGUCAUCCCAACACCAUCUAUCAGAUUACAAUCGAUUCAAACGAACACCACAUCCAAUCCAAAUCAACCAACAACAGCAACUGCAACAGCAACAGCAACCUAGCAAACCACAUCGUCAACACCGUCAUCACCACAACCACCACCAUCAUCAUCAUCAUCAAAGCCAACAACAACAACAACUGCCACCCUUGGAAAGCCUUCCCAUCCCUACCACCACACUCUUACCACUCAUCAACCAAAACCCUACUCUCGAUCACUCUUCUAACCAGCAUGGCCCCGAUCCAAUCCUCAAACAACCCAAUCCACUCUCAGCAAUCCCCCAACCAGAAGAACCCAUCCAACCCGCUCAAAAUGAGAACCCUCAACAACCUCAUCCAGAUCAAAAUUCCACCCGAAAUAUCCCAUUACCACCAGCCCAAACCGACUCUGAAAACCUCUCCCCAGUCGAUCCCAACUUGACCGGCCCUUCCUCAGACCAACAAUCCCAUCCUCCUACGACUGUGCCCAAUGGAACUCCUACACCCAAUCACCUCUUGGUCAAAGUUCAAUCAGUCAAAACUAGUCAAACACAUCCCAUGAACAUUUCACCCGUCAUACCACCCGAACUCACCUCGGGACUAUUGUACAUGUUGAAGACUGCUAAUCAUCGGGCUGGAUCAAACAAGUUACCGAUCGAUUUAUACGAUCUAACCAGCUUGGAACCGGAGAAAGCGAUCGAAGCAUUUUGGCAAUACCAUCACCAACGAGUGACCAACACACAAAACCGAGAUGAACAGGCUGGAGGAAGGAGAGAAGGAUCAUCAUCAUCAUCGGGGGAAGUAGUCGGAGGUGGUGGGGAGGAGCUCAAGUUAGGCAACCUAUUAUUAUCUUCCUGUCCGGGGAAGAAAGUUCGGAUGAACGAGACUGCCGCCCAACGACAGGCCACCGGAAACCAUCGCUCUCCGAUCUGUCGGGACCUGAAGUCAGACCUCAGCCGGGCCCAUUCGAUCGGGAUCCGGGCGAUCAUCUGUUGUCUGGACGACGAGGAGCUCGAAUAUCUCGGCUCGCCCUGGCCGGACUACUCCCGGAUCUCGCUCGAGUGCGGUCUCUCGGUGAUCCGGAUCCCGAUCGCUGAGGGCUUUGCACCCCAGAAGGGGAUCAAGGAGGUCAACGAGGUGCUCGACCAGGUCAUCAAGACCUACACCACCCAAGGCAUCGAUGUCCUCUGUCACUGUCGUGGUGGCGUCGGCAGGGCUGGCUUGGUGGCAUGCUGUUGGAUGCUCAAGAUCGGCCUGAUCAAUAAACCCAGUCUGAUCUCAGACCCUUCUAAUCAUCUUCCCACCGCCGAUUAUCAUCAUCCCAAUCAGCAGGCUGGGUUCACUACCUCUAACUUUCAGGAUCAGUUCCACUACCAGUCUCACCAACAUCCUCACCAACAACAACAACAAGCUCCCGUUCAUGAUGUCUUCUCCUUCGUCGAUGGCCAUCAAUUGGCCCCCAAGAACUCCGUCUUAGGUCAAGUCGAAAAAGUGAUCGAAGUGAUUCGUAGAAGAAGAAGUCCUAAAGCUAUCGAAACCCCUCAACAAGUUCAUUUCAUAAUCCAAUACGCGAAUUGGUUAGAUACCUUAACCGAGAACGUCGACUUAUUUUGAUUUAUUGUAUAACCCUUUCUUCCCUCCUUCAGAAAAAAAAAACAAAACACCUCACUCCUCCAUCCGCUUCCUUCUUCGUUUCGAUCGCCUUGAACACCUUCCUACGCUCACCUUUUUGACACAUCGCUCUCACACGCUCACUCCAAUUAAACCCGGCUUUAAAAAAACCCCGGUUUUUGACAUAGAGUUCGUCAUGGAAAAUCUCCUCUUUUCCUAAUUG